CAGAUGCACUCAUAGAGAGAAGAGCCGGCCAGCCGGAGUCAACAUCAACGAUAAACUGACGGCACGCUACGCAGUGUAUACACUGUAUCAGUAAUCUGGUCGCGAGUUAACAACUACACACUCCGCCGUAUUUUGUGGGAUGUUUGUGUUGUGGAUACAGAGUACAAUACAACCAACCGGGCCCGGAGAACCCCAUCUUGCCGACCGGCCGCUGGAAGGACGGUAUCUGGAGGGGUUAGACCCGGUCCGACCAGUAACCACUGCGCCCUCCUUUAUUAGUUCCCCGCAACAUGGAUUAGAUGUUAGCCAUUUCGAGAUGCUGUCCCCGCACGGGGCCGCACGAAUCCCGUCAGCCGCUUGUAACUGGGCGACCAUUAAGAAAAGACAUAAUAACGGCAGGACAAGCACAGAACCAGCUGUUGACUGUGAGGCGGUGCUUCCUCCGGCCGUUCCGGUGUUCUGCCUUCGCUCAGAUCUUGCGUCUAGCAUCGAUGACUUGAUAACUACCCUUGGUCACCAUCAUCAAUCAUAUCUUGCAAGCUUCUUCGAAUUCAUCGAAUGCAUAAGUCUAUUGUCUAUCCUUCCGAUAGUGCUUCUAUCCCAACGACGUAGGAACGAGCAGUAACCGACAAAACCGCCGACGAACUUUUUGUGGGAGGUCGUUGCCGUAGAUCCGAUCCGAGACUACAUCUGCUUCCCGCCGCGGACCACAGCAGGAGUCCGCUUCCGGCCAGCUCCCAAUAGAAAAGGGCUGUCACGAGGAAGG